AAUCAAAACAAUUCUUACAAUCCUAGCUAAACUGUAAAAAUAUCCCUGCUAGCCAGAUAAUUAAAUUUAUCUUCGAAAGCAAACAAGCAAAUGUAAACGCACAAAAUUAUACGCGAAUCAGUCUGUUCCACUGAUAACGAAAAUAAAUAAAUAAAUAAAUUAGUACCUUAUCGCCUUUGAAUUCUUUAACGUAAAUUGUCGCCGGUUCGGGUUUCAACAUCCGAUUUUCGUUCAAAUAACCCCAAGCCUCAUUUAAAAACAAAUCUAAACAUUUCAAAAAAACCAAUCACGAGCAUAAAAGAAAAACGCAGCACGUUUUUUUAAAAAACAAUGUACGUCUUCUGUGACGAUCCAUUAACAAUUGGAAAACUUUCGAUUUAUGGUGAAAUUCACUUCUUAAAAUCUCAGAGUGAAUUUUUCGCGAUAUGCGCUUUGGUUAAUUCCGUAACACUGUUUUUUGUGAUGAGUUAAUUCGAUAGAAAGAACACGAAGACGAAAUCAGGUAAACAAAUAAGGACCCUUAGAAGAUGGUAAUCAGAGAAAAUGGGAAAAACAUAAUAAGUGAGAUAGCGCAUUAUUAUUUUCCGUUACUAUGUUAAAUGAAACUAUAAAUCGUCAAUUAUCAGCAACUUCCUCAAUGAUGUCCCAGAAUGACGACGGUACAAUAAUUUAUCUGCACGCACUUGAGAUAAACGCGUGAUGCAAAUUGUUGUAUACUUCCUGGUUCUAAUUUUUACAACUAGAAGGAGAUCCUUGCAAAAGUGCCUACUCUACGCCUGGCUUACGUACGCUUUUGCUUUCUUUUUGCUUAUUUUCAAACACUAAAGCCGACUUCCUUCCUGUUUCUAGAUGCGUUCACUUUUGGCGAUAUUGUUUUUAUGCGUAUGUGGAUCUAAGGCCGCUGCACCGUCGUGCUCGUACGAAGGUCGUGGCACACUCUCGUCGACGUGUUACAAUGCGAACGCGGCUUACUUCCGUAAGACGACCUACAGGUUUGACAACCUGGACGAAACGGUCCGAUGCGUCAACUGCACUCUGCAAAUAAUCGAGGGCGGCACGUUCGAUCUCUCAGGCAACCAAAUUAAAAAUUUGAUACUGAACAACGCCCAAAUCACCGUCCUCAAACCGAAAUCGUUCAUCGGCCUCGUCUUCCUCCGCGUACUCGUCCUGAGCGACAACAACAUCGUGUCCGUUCCCCCGGAAACGUUCCAAGGUAUUGCCAAGGUCGAGGUACUCGAUAUGGAGCGCAACAGCCUGACAUCCCUCAAAGCCAACGGAUUUAAGGAGCUUACCAACCUACGUAAACUUAACCUGAAAGACAAUCGCAUCAAGGAGAUCGAAAACGGCUCCUUCACGGGCCUGGGGUUGCUAGACGAGCUGAACCUCGCCAACAACGACAUCUUUGACUUGUCGGCGAUCUUCACGGGACUCGAGAACAUUGCCCUGGUGAACUUGGAAGGAAAUAAAAUCGCGACCAUCACCUCGGGCGACCUGCCACUCCUGAGAAAGCUGAGCCAAUUAAACUUGGCGGGGAACUCGCUGAAGAAACUCAGGGCGAACGAUUUUCUCCCACUUCCCCGUCUCGAGACGCUCAACAUCUCGUCGAACCCGAUCGACGCAAUCGAAAUGGGCGCGUUCCGAGGUUUGGGAGCGCUCGAGAGCCUCGACCUGAGCAACUGCAUGAUCGCGAGCAUCCAACGGGGUUUGCUGUCGGCCCUGCACGAGCUGCGACUGCUGGAUCUGUCGCACAAUCGCCUGGAGAUCUUUCAAACCGGAGUCUUCUCGGGCAUACCGGAACUGAGGAGGCUGAACAUGUCGCACAACAAAAUCGCGAGCUACGAGAAGACAGGGAUAUUUCCGUUGCAUAGUCUGCACAUUCUGGAUCUGUCUAGUAACAGUCUGGAGGAUUUGGACUACAAGCUGCUCGUCCACCAUCUCCCGUCUCUGUCGCAUAUCGCCUUGGAGAAUAACCCCUGGCCCUGCUACCUGAAGAAGGAGAUGGAGGAGCUGUUCGUGCACGAUAAUCUCGUUUUCGAUUUGGGGAAGGUGGAGGUGUGCAACGACACGAGACCGAAGAUUAGCGAGCCUAUCGUCAAGGAACCGAUAACAAUGGACGAGGCGAAGCCGAACUCUACCGGCCACGAUUACGCCCUCUACGUGCUCGUGAGCUUUGGAUUUAUCGCGAUUGUCGCUCUGUUCGUGUUGCACAUGCGCACUAAGCGCGACAUUGAGAGACUCGUGGGAAAGUAUAACGUCUCGGAAACGCAUCUCAUAUCGCACACCACAGAGGAAAAUAAUUACUAAUGUAUGUGUUUGGAAAUAAAUCUUGUUUACCUUU